CCGUCGCCCCCAGCCAGACGAGACCCCAAGGUUGCCGGGUGCUUGCUGGAGAGCUGCCAGCCUGAAGGCGAGCUUGGUGGCCUGGACGCGCCGCAGCGCUGGACUGACUGAGCCGGGCAGGAAAGGGGGUGUUCUGUCCGCAUCACCUCCCGGGGGCCCCCGAAGCCAGACACCAUGGACGCCGUAUUAGAACCCUUCCCAGCAGACAGGCUCUUCCCAGGCUCCAGCUUUCUGGACCUGGGAGAUCUGAACGAGGCGGAUUUCCUGAGCAAUGCGCACUUCCCAGAGCACCUGGAGCACUUCUCAGAAAACAUGGAGGACUUCUCCAAUGACCUCUUCAGCAGCUUCUUUGAUGACCCCAUCCUGGCUGAGAAGAACCCACUGUUGGACAUGGAGCUGGACCCACCCACCCCGGGCAUCCAGGCGGAGCACAGUUACUCCCUGAGUGGUGACUCAGCCCCCCAGAGUCCCCUCAUCCCAGUCAAGACAGAAGACAGCCCAAGAGAGCUGGAGCACGGAGCAUGGGCCCUGGGGCAUAAGCUAUGUGCCAUCAUGGUGAAGCAGGAGCAGAACCUGGGGCCCGAGCUGCCCGGAGACCAGCUGGCAGCCCCCUCAACGGUUGUGCUCCCAGGCCCAGUCAGCACCACCUCCGCCGACAUGCCAAUGUUUAACCUCGGCCCACUCACCCGGCUGCCUGCCCCCCAAGAGGCCCCUGGAGAGAUGACACAGACGCCUGUGAUCAAGGCUGAGCCCAGGGAGGUGAAUCAUUUCCUUGAGGUGCCUACAGAUGACUUGGUACAGAUGCCACCGACGCCCCCGAGCAGUAACGGCAGCGACAGCGACGGUUCCCAGAGUCCCCGAUCUCUGCCGCCAUCCAGCCCGGCCCGGCCCACGGCUCGUUCGUCCGCGGCCAUCUCUUCCUCUCCCCUCCUCACUGCCCCACAUAAGCUCCAGGGAACAUCCGGGCCACUGCUCCUGACAGAGGAAGAGAAACGUACUUUGAUUGCAGAGGGCUACCCCAUCCCCACCAAACUCCCCCUCACCAAAGCUGAGGAGAAGGCCUUAAAGAGGGUCAGGAGGAAAAUCAAGAAUAAGAUAUCUGCUCAAGAGAGUCGCCGGAAGAAGAAGGAAUAUGUGGAGUGCCUAGAGAAGAAAGUUGAGACAUUCACAUCAGAGAAUAAUGAGCUAUGGAAGAAGGUGGAAACCCUGGAGAAUGCCAACAGAACCCUUCUCCAGCAGCUACAGAAGCUCCAGGCCCUGGUGACAGGCAAGCUCUCCAGACCUUACAAGAUGGCUGCCACCCAGACAGGGACCUGCAUCAUGGUGGUGGUGCUGUGUUUCGUCCUGGUGCUGGGCUCCAUCAUGCCGUGCCUCCCCGAGUUCUCCUCCGUGUCCCAGACAGUGAAGGAGGCUCCCCUCCCAGCUGCCAGUGUCUACACAGCCAGCCAGAUGCCAUCCCGAAGCCUCCUGUUCUAUGAUGAGGGGGCCAGUUCGCUGGAGGAUGGCUACAGCUCCCUGCUGCCUGUGGAACCCCCGGAGGGCUGGGAGACCAAGCCAGGUACCCCUGAGGAACAACAGCCCCAAGAUCAUCUCUCCCACGGCCACCUGGCCAGCUCCCACGAGGCCACCAAGUACCUGAGCAAGUCCCACCUAGAGGCCCCAGAUGGGAACGACACCCGCCCCGACUUCAUCCACCCCAAGGAGCGGUUCCAUGAGAGAGAGACGCAUCCAAACGGCACCACAACAUACUUGUAGCACCCACCAGAGCCCAGGAUACAGCCUGGACCCCAAGCCACUCAGAAGAAGGGGGACCUUACUCAACACUCCCAAUCUGAUCCACAUCCCUGCCCACAACCAGCCCCUCCUUCUCUUCCCUGGUGGGUCCUGCCCACCCCAGGCAGGAGAUUCUGGAAGGAUGGCACGAGGGCAGGCAGGGGAGAGGGAGAAGAGGAAGCAGAAGGCCAUCCUGGCCUUGGAACAUGUCCCUUCUCCCAGGGCCCCUGCAGCCUCUCCUAGGUGGGGGUCCACUCUCACCCAUCACCACUACAAUUGAACUGUCCACUAGUGAGGAGUUCUCAAUUUUCUCUCCUCCCUCCAUCCCUGGUUCAGCCUUGAUGUUCCCUCCCUCCUAGCCCCAGGGACCCUGUCCUCUGGGCCAGAGGGGAGGGGCAUAAACCCUCCCUCUGGGGCUGGAUUGUAUAUAAGCAUCAUCAUCACAUUCCCCAGCCCCCUCCCUCUUCCUUCUCAUCCCUCAUCCUUCAUCUCAGCCCUCUAGGUAGAAGGAGGUUGGAAAGUGUCCAUCCCUUUCCUCUCUUAGGCCACUUUCUCUCCCAGGGUAGGGCCCCAAAUCCACCGGGGGAGGGGGGAGGGAAGCCUGCCUAGAGAGUCCUGGCCUUGGAGAUGGAAUGAGACAAGGGAGGUCCCUUUCCCGCCUUCUCCCCUCCCCCCACCCCGACCGGCGGCCUCCUGGAGAACUCUUAGGCAAAGCUGUUCCCUUACAUAAGGGAGGAACUUUUCCUAGGACUUCUCCAGGUACUGAUGCCCUUCUCCCCCCCCCCCCCCCCCCCCC